CACACACACACAAACACUCACACACACAUCGACAAAGAGCAAGGAGAGGAUUUGGCCGACCAAAAAAGAAGCUUUAGUGCAUGCUGAACUUCAACUAACCGCUAUCUCUGUUUUCCCCCAGCAAGACGCGAUCAUGAGGGUCUUUGUGCUUUUGGCUUUGGCCGUCUUCUCUGGCUGCAAUGCCAACCUUUUUCACGCCGAUGCUCCCAAGCCUCAGCUGGAGGUUCUGACCGACGCCUUCUGGGACUACGUGGCCAAGGCCACCCAGACGGCUGACGACACCCUGCAGAUGAUGAGGAAGUCUCAGUUUGGAGAGGAAGUCAACGCUCGUCUGGCCGAGAGCGCCGACAUCGCCAGCAAAUACGCGAGCACCUUGAAGGAGAAUCUCCCCUCGACAGCCGAGGACCUGAUGACCAAGAUCAGCUCGGAGGCCGACGUCUUGAGGAACAUGCUGAGCCAGGAGCUGAGUUCCGUCCGGCAGAAGAUGGAGCCUUUCACCGAGGACAUGAAGACCCAGAUCCGGCAGCGGGUGGACCAGCUCAAGCAGGAGCUCACCACCUACGCCGACACCCUGGACUCGGACGCGCUGAGAGAAGCCCUCAUGCAGAGGAGCGAGGAGCUGAAGGCCAGCCUGGAGACGAGCGCCCGGCAGCUGCAGGAGCAGCUGGGACCUUACACCGACAACCUGAGGGAGGCGGUGGACCAGCACCUGGUCAACUUCCAACACAGCAUGGCCCCCAUGGCCGACAACCUCCAGCGGGAGCUGAGUCAGAGAGCCCACCUGGUGGAGCAGAUGGUGGCCCCCUAUGCUGAAGACCUGAGGGAGAAACUCAACCCCUUGGCCCAGGACCUCCAGGACAAGCUCGUGGCCCUCUACCAGUCCUUUGCUCGUGUCUAGAAACAACCAAGAACAUCAGAAACUUCAUCAAUGAAACAUCCCAAUGUGAUGUAAUGUAAGGGUCAAUUACUCAACUAUUUAUUGUUCUUAUGGUUUUUUUAAGGUGUAAUAAACACAAUCCUCA